GACCGAUCGAGUGGAGAGCGCGUGGCUGGUCAUCUCGGCGCGGCUCCACAAGCCAAUCAAUGGCUCUUGCAUGACAACCCACAAACUGCCAUCCCACGCAACGCAGAUUCUCCGCUUGCUGGCCUAGCAGGUUCCCAGACAGCUCACUCGGCGGAACUUGGCAUGGGGCUCGGCCGCCCUGGUAGAAUGGCGAUCAACAAUGCUGGCGGGGUUUCCGACGGAGCACGACUCCUGGAUGAUGCUACCGAAACGACCAUCGUGCACCAUAUGGCAGGAUCGAAUAGGCUUAAGGAAUACCCAAAGCUGGGAGAACCGGAAGCGCGUGGCAAGUUUGGCGGCCGACUGCCAUCUGUGUGACUUCGAUGUGAGGGCACUUGAGGUCCACGAUGAUCAUGGUGAUUGUCGCAGUACGGAAGCAGUCUGGCAGUCUCUCUGCCUUGCUGCUCAGUGGGGAGAACCGGAGAGCCUGUAUAUCACGGCAGCACACACGACUUCACCACCACAUACCAGUCCAGGCUCACAGACCACACCCUUCUUCCCCGGGUGCAUGUCACACUCCAUCCACGGUUUGGGCUGCACGUCGUGCUCGCUGGCACAAAUCCCUCGCCUCUGCAGAAUUCUUCUAGAACGUCCAGCGCUGCAGUCAGCAUAUGGCGCCGCCUGCGCCUGUUCCUGCCCUUCCCGUGAUACUGGACUGCACUGCGCCACUCGUAGAUUUUGUUUCAAAGCAAGCUGGACAACUUCACAAUGUAGAAGGCGACGUGCGAACACCACAGCCAAGUUCACUUUGUGGGUGUUGAUACUCGCCCGAGGUGUGAUCGGGGUGGCACCUGCACAUCUGUACCCGGCCCAAACGAGGCAGUAUCCCAGCCGAAUGGCUCUUCUCAGCGUAGGGCUUCGAAUGCCCAAUCACGGAUGCAGCUCGUGACCAAAUGACCAGUCUUCCCUGCUGGAUCAAGUGAUGCAGGCCAUCCUCAGCGACAAUUAAUCCCUCAUGCUCAUAGGAGCUCGACGCGUUCACAACACGCCGAUCACCAGAAAAAGUGCGCAACACAGGGACAGAGUCAGGGUCUGCAGCUGAUGUCGCUCCGUUGGUGAAGACAAUUCCAAUUCGCAUUUAGCUUAGCAACCUAUGAUCCAUACGAGCUCAAGACCUUAAGAAGAUUGUGUUAACGCUAAGAAUUACUGACACCCGAGCUCGACCAUCGAGCCGCACGUACAGGCAUAUCAGCCGACCAAGCUCGGUCGCUUCUAGACCACGGAGUAUUUCGUUUCCUUGGAAUUGGCUCGCCUAAGAAAUCCCUGGCAUGUA